AUGGAGGCAAGAAGACAUUCGUCAAUGUCGUCGUCAUUUUUCUCUCGACCGUGGCAAGACUUGUAUAACGUUUCCGUGCGGGUUCCUUCUCCUUUGGCGAAUGAUGCAAAGUGCGAUUUCAUGAACGCGGAGGAUGUUGAUGACGAUGAGCAUAACAAGAGUAAAAUCCUCGUCAUGUUGCACGUGGACGCGAUAUACGAGGUUUUUAAAAGACUCUCCCCUCGGGAUUUAGUCAGAGUUUCCACGGUGUGUAAGAAGUGGCACGCAAUCGUGCAACACUCGACGAAGAGUUUGUGGCAGUCGCACUGCGAACGCGCGUUUCGAUUUUUUGACGUGAACGGGGAGGAGACGAGGAAACGAUGCGCGGAAGCGUAUUCGAACAAUUAUAAGAAGAUGUUUUACGAGCGGAAUCGAAUACGGACGGAUGGAUUGUACGUGAGUAGGAAUACGUACGUGAAAGCGUGCGCGAGACGGGAGAUUGGGACGUCCAAGAAGGAGCAUCGACCGGCGAGGGUGGUGGUGUAUUAUCGGUACUUUCGUUUCCUCGAAAACGGCGAGUGGUACUCGAAAACGUCGCCGGAACCUGUCAGAGUGGUGAAGAGAACGAUGUACGACGGCAAGAAAGCAAACGAGGAUUCUUCGGUCAACGUAGGAUGGUACCAGCUGGACGAAAAAGAAAAAGAAGAGAGGAUUCACUGUCAAUCGGCGAAGAUGAAACCGGAGAGCGGGUACGUCACGACAACGCACUUCUGGGUGCGAUUAAGAUCUCGUUUAAAAGGUGGGUCGGAUAGGUUAGAUUGCGUGAAACUUUUGUUAGUGGACGAAGAUUUAGACGCGAAUGAGGUUUUAGACGAGGAGGAGAUUACGGAGAAAGCGAAACGAAUUUUACCGACGGAGGAAAAUUGGGAGAGCGUGGACGAUUACGAGGCGCUGUAUAGACGGAAUUUAGGCGCGGAAAGGCAAGGCGUCGCGCCGGGAGCGUAUACUUCGGGUCACCCGAACAGCGACGGACAGAGAGAUUUGCAACGCGGUUUGAAUACUUUGGUGUUUAUUCCGUGGGAGGAGUGCGAACAUCACGAGUUGAAUAAAGACAUCAGCGAGAUGGAUUUUUACAUCACCGGGUAA